GCCGGGCCCAGAUGGGCGAGCGCGGGGGCAGCGCGGGGGCCGCGGCCCCGGGCGGCGACAGCAGCGGAGCGCCGAGCCCCGCCGGGGGCAAUGGGGGCACCCGCAGGCGCCGGGGGGCACCCCAAAAACCCGAACCCUCUUCCGCACACGGAGACAGCGCCGAUGACCUCGCCGGAGACUUCAGGUGCCACAAGGUGCAGGAGUCGCUGCUCAGCUCGGCCAGCGGCUACAGCAACUACCGGGGGGUGCUCAACUGGUGCGUCGUGAUGCUG